CGGAAAUAGAAGCUUUUGACUCUUUCAAGGGAUCUACACGUGUCACUCUCUAAACCUUCCAUGACCCCAUGUCCCGUGGACAACCAAAGCCCCGACAAUUUACACGUGAACUUUACUCUUCUAAACAGACCAAACCCACAAAUCAGAUCAUGACAACACAACAUUUUUAUGGUUAAAAAACCAUGUUUUUUUCCACCUUCCUAUAACUGACAUCAGUCAACGUUACUGUCGUAAUUUUCUCAUUCAACAGUGGCAUUUAUCAAAUUUCGCAAUUCUCUCUCUACAAAAGAAGAACGAAAGAUCCUACCUUUUGUUAUCCCUCUCCAGCAUUUCCAAAACCCUACCGCCACCAUGGCAUGGCUACCCAAACUCCGAGUUGCCACCGCCGCCACUUCCUUUGUCGUGAACCCAAUUCGAUGUGGGCUCCGAGCCUUCGGAACAGCGGCUGCGUUGGAGCUUGACUACGACUAUGAAUACUACGAGUACGAGCAGGCUCAUCGGGACCGGCGCCCAGCUCAGACAAAGGUUGACGUGGAUGGCUCGGCGCCGGAGAGGGGAGUCCAUUGGGUGCUUAUAGGAGAGCCUGGAGUGAAACGUCAUGCUUAUGCAGAGAGGCUUUCGAAGCUUCUAGAAGUUCCUCAUAUUUCAAUGGGUACCCUUGUUAGACAAGAGCUUAAUCCUCGCUCUUCUCUUUACAAACAGAUUGCAAAUGCGGUGAAUGAAGGGAAGCUUGUUCCAGAGGAUGUAAUUUUUGCCUUGUUGUCCAAGAGACUUGAAGAAGGUUACUAUGGAGGUGAAAAUGGUUUCAUUCUCGAUGGGAUUCCUCGUACCAGGGUUCAGGCUGAGAUUCUUGACCAAAUUGCUGAUAUUGAUCUGGUUGUGAACUUUAAAUGUACUGAAGAGUACCUGCUAAAGAAGAGUUCAGAAAGUGAGUUCCUUCACUUAGGCAACUCCAAGACAGUAGGAAGUUCCUGGAAGGAAAAUGUCCUUGAAUACACGGAGCAGGCCAAGUCAUUGGAGGAUUACUACAGUAAGCAAAAGAAGCUUCUCAACUAUCAGGUGGCCGGUGCACCUGGUGAUACAUGGCAAGGUAAGGGAGGUGCCAUUGAUAAUUGCAGAGGAAAUUCAUCUAAAGCAGCCAUUUAUUCAUGCAAGGUUUGAAAGUUUCUGCUGGAAUUCAUUAACCGAGAGUGAAGGAUCAUGCUCAGUUACCAUAAAAAGUAAGAAAGCUUACGACUCUUCAGAAGUUAUUUUGGAUGACACGCUCCAUUGAUCAUUGUUUUGGUAAAAACUACAAUAAUGGUCAAUCUUUUCUUUAUACAGAAACAUCAAUUUAGAAUAACGAACCGAAACUUACCUACAGAUUUGCAGCUCUAGAAAAUGAAAGGCAGUGUCAACCAUUUAUACACUCAUGAACAUAUAAUCUACAAUCAUUCAGAGUUCAUCCAUACAUCUCUUAGGAGUUCAUAUCUGGUAGCAUUAUGAUAGCCAUUUCCCUUUGAUAUCCAAUUAAGCUU